AUGUCCGACCAAAGCAAGGCUCAACCUCCCCAUGAACAUGAGGGCUUUUUCGAGCGAAUCCUCCACCACCAUAUGGGUCAGCAGACCGAGGAGAAGAUGAAAGAUCACCAUGAAGACCACGACGAGGACGAGAAUAAUACUGCGAAGCAGGAAAUGAACAAUAAAGGGGAGAUGGAUAAGAUGAAGGACUACUUGCAUGAAGAUGAGGAGCUGGAAGAAAACGGUCAGACCUAUGCUGGCUUGAUGUAA